AAGAGACGACUCAAGAAAGAAAAGCUUCACGGAUCGCAACAAUGGCAGACGAAGUGAUCCUUCUGAAUUUCUGGCCGAGCAUGUUCGGAAUGAGGACGAUGAUUGCGUUAGAGGAGAAAGGAGUGAAAAAGACUUGGGCAACCAAAGGUGAGGAGCUUGAAGCAGCCACAAAGGAGUAUAUUGAAAUACUCAAGACACUUCAAUGUGAGCUAGGAGAUAAACCUUACUUUGGUGGCGAUAAAUUCGGGUUUGUAGACAUUGUCCUGAUUGGAUACUACAGUUGGUUUCCAGCAUACCAGAAGUUUGGUAACUUCAGCAUCGAACCCGAGUGCUCAAAACUGAUGGCUUGGGGCAAAAGGUGUAUGCAAAGAGCGAGUGUGGCUAAGGCUUUGCCUGAUUCUGAGAAAGUUGUUGGAUACUUAUACGAGCCAGCGGAUAAGAUAUGGCAAACGAAAGGCGAGGAACAAGAGACAGCGAAGAAAGAGUAUAUUGAAGCACUUAAGAUUCUUGAAUCUGAGCUUGGAGACAAACCUUACUUUGGUGGAGAUACCUUUGGGUUCGUAGACAUUGCCAUGACUGGAUAUUACAGCUGGUUCGAAGCAUCAGAGAAAUUAGCUAACUUCAGCAUCGAACCAGAGUGUCCGACACUGAUGGCCUCGGCUAAGCGGUGUUUGCAGAGAGAAAGCGUAGUUAAGUCUCUUCAUGAUUCUGAGAAGAUCCUUGCGUUUGCCUAUAAGAUUAGGAAGAUAUACUAUUACAUUGACAAGAAGACAUACGUACCAUGCAAGGCUUUAUGGUCAGAAACAGGGGAGAAACAAGAGGCAGCGAAGAUGGAGUUCAUUGAAGUACUCAAGACACUUGAUUCAGAGCUUGGAGACAAUCCUUUCUUUGGAGGAAACGAAUUUGGACUUGUGGACAUUGCCUUUAUCGGAUUCUAUAGUUGGUUCCGUACUUACGAGGAGGUAGCGAAUCUCAGCAUCGUAGCAAAGUUUCCUAAGCUAAUCUCGUGGGCACAGAGGUGCUUGAAGAGAGAGAGUGUGGCUAAGGCCUUGCCUGACUCUGAUAAGGUUCUUAAAUCUGUCUCUGAUCAUCGGAAGAUAGUUUUAGAAAUCGAUUAGAUUCAUGUAUAGAAGAAUUUCCUCUGUUUUGAUUUCCUCUGUUUUUCAUGUUUUUAUUUUCUGGUUACAAAAUGUGGUGUGUAUUUCAGGUUUUUCAAUAAGUUGGGUAUAGACCGAUGUAUGUUUGUGGUGGGAUUUCAUUUGAGUGACGCAUAAGUUAGAUUAUGUUGUGGGUGAUAAUAAAUUAUCAUUUGUAUU